CAUCCCCAUCCCCAACCCCAACGUCAUAAACCUUCCCUCCACUUGCCGAUGGCGUCCGUGCAACCACCCGCAGCCGCCGUCGCCCCGCACCACCCCUCCACCGCCGCCGCCCUUCGAUUCCCCUCCCCCACCUCCUCAUCGCGGGUCUCGCCUUCUCCCAGAAUCCGGCCUCGGAGGCUCGCUGUGGCGGCGCGCGCGAUGCCGUGGCCGCACGUUCUGACGGUGGCCGGCUCCGACUCCGGCGCAGGGGCGGGCAUCCAGGCCGACAUCAAGGCGUGCGCGGCGCUCGGCGCAUACUGCUCCUCCGUCAUCACUGCUGUCACGGCGCAGAACACCGUCGGCGUCCAGGGGGUCCAUGCUGUGCCGGAGGAGUUCGUGGGGGAGCAGCUGAGGUCGGUUCUCUCGGACAUGUCGGUGGAUGUGGUGAAAACAGGGAUGCUCCCUUCAGCUGGAAUAGUUAAAGUUCUCUGUGAGAAUCUUAGGAAGUUUCCAGUCAAAGCUUUAGUGGUGGAUCCGGUCAUGGUGUCCACCAGUGGUGAUACUCUUUCAGGACCAUCUACUCUUGCUACAUAUAUGGAUGAACUAUUUCCUAUUGCUGACAUAGUCACUCCUAAUGUUAAAGAAGCAUCAAAGUUACUUGGGAAUGUAUCAUUGCAAACAAUUUCUGACAUGCGCAGUGCAGCUGAAUCCAUUUACAAACUUGGUCCAAAACAUGUGCUUGUGAAAGGUGGGGAUAUGCCAGAUUCAACAGAUGCAAUUGAUGUAUUUUUUGAUGGUAAGGAGUUCAUUGAGUUUCGUGGACUGCGUAUAAAGACCCGUAACACACAUGGAACUGGUUGCACUUUAGCUUCAUGUAUUGCUGCUGAAUUAGCAAAAGGUGCAACAAUGCUGCAUGCUGUUGAGGUUGCAAAGAAAUUUGUGGAGUCUGCUCUUUAUCAUAGUAAAGAUCUUGUGAUUGGAAAUGGGCCUCAAGGCCCUUUUGACCACCUCUUCAGUCUCAAGUCUCCAUUAUACAAGAUGGGAUCACUGCACAAGUUCAAUCCAGAUGACCUCUUCCUGUAUGCGGUGACAGAUUCUGGGAUGAACAAGAAGUGGGGUCGUUCGAUAAAAGAUGCUGUGAAAGCUGCCAUUGAAGGAGGCGCUACAAUUGUUCAGUUGAGAGAAAAAGAUGCUGAUACACGGGAGUUCUUGGAAGCUGCCAAGGCAUGUGUAGAGAUCUGCAGGUCCAGUGGAGUGCCAAUACUGAUCAACGACCGCAUAGAUGUUGCUCUGGCAUGCAAUGCGGAUGGCGUCCAUGUCGGUCAAUCAGACAUGCCCGCAUGGGAGGUGCGGGAGCUCCUAGGACCAGGAAAGAUCAUCGGCGUCUCAUGUAAAACCCCUGCUCAGGCCAAGCAGGCCUGGAAGGAUGGUGCGGACUACAUCGGUUCCGGAGGUGUCUUUCCAACCACAACAAAGGCGAACAAUCCCACCUUGGGAUUUGAGGGGUUGAGGUCCGUGUGCUCUGCUUCAAAGUUGCCUGUGGUGGCUAUCGGAGGCAUCAAUGCCGGAAAUGCAGGUUCAGUGAUGGAGCUUGGGCUCCCAAAUCUCAAAGGUGUGGCUGUGGUCUCUGCUCUUUUCGACCGGGAAUGUGUCGCCACAGAGACAAGAAGCCUCAGGUCCAUCCUGAUGAAUGCUUGCUCCAGAUCUUAAGACCAAGCUGGCACUUGCCACCUGUUCUUCUCAUUUCUUUUUUUAGGCGGAAAUGAUUUUGUAAUCAAGCUUUCAACAUUCACUUUGUCAAAUGGGGAGACAAAACGUGUUCCCUUGUUCAAUAAUUUGGAGAGAUUGCCCUCAAAAAAGAAGAGUUUGGCGGACAUUUACUGAUAAUUGUAAAUUGCAGUAUGAUCUCCAAUAAAGUGUCCAAAGAUUUGCUCC